CAUUUUGCAGAAACGAGGGCAGCUAUGUCAUCUGACAAUUUCCGGUCCACGAACAAACAAAUACAAAUUCAAGGGAUUGGGCGUGGGAAAUUCAAGUGAGAAAAAAUGGCGAAUGCGAAGUCAGGAAGAAGGGUUUUGCUGCUCUGCGGGGACUACGCCGAGGACUAUGAGGUGAUGGUCCCUUUCCAAGCACUGCUGGCUUAUGGUGUGUGUGUGGAUGCUGUUUGCCCCGGCAAGAAGGCUGGCGACUUUUGCCGCACCGCUAUUCAUGAUUCUUCCGGCCAUCAGACCUACACCGAGACCCGGGGUCACAAUUUUACACUGAAUGCAUCAUUUGAUGAAAUAGACCACACCAAAUAUCAUGGUUUGAUUAUACCGGGAGGUCGGGCUCCUGAAUAUCUUGCUAUGAAUGCAUCUGUUCUGGACCUAGUGCGCAACUUUAUCAAUUCUGGAAAGCCAGUUGCCUCAAUUUGUCAUGGUCAAUUGAUAUUGGCUGCUGCUGGGUCAGUUGAAGGUCGCAAAUGCACUGCUUACCCGGCUGUGGGACCUGCACUUAUUGCUGCUGGUGCGUUGUGGGUUGAACCUGAUACCAUGGCAGCUUGUGUCGUUGAUGGUAAUAUCAUUACUGGUGCUACCUAUGAUGGCCAUCCCGAGUUCAUCAGGCUCUUUGUGGAAGCACUAGGAGGCGUCAUAACCACGUCAAACAAAAGGAUCCUAUUCCUUUGUGGGGAUUAUAUGGAAGAUUAUGAAGUAACUGUUCCUUUCCAGUCACUUCAAGCUCUGGGGUGCUAUGUAGAUGCAGUUUGUCCUAAGAAGAAGGCUGGCGAUACCUGCCCAACUGCUGUCCAUGACUUUGAAGGUGAUCAGACUUACAGUGAGAAGCCAGGUCAUGAUUUCACUCUAACAGCUAACUUUGAGGGCAUAGAUGCCUCAAGCUAUGAUGCUCUUGUCAUUCCUGGGGGUCGAGCACCAGAAUAUUUAGCGUUAGAUGAGAAAGUGAUUGCUUUAGUGAAGAAUUUUAUGGAGUCCGGGAAACCAGUUGCAUCCAUUUGCCAUGGGCAACAGAUUUUAGCUGCUGCUGGCGUUCUCAAGGGGAGGAAAUGUACUGCAUACCCGGCUGUGAAACUUAACGUUGUCUUGGCAGGAGCAACCUGGUUAGAACCUGAUCCUAUAGAUCGUUGCUUCACUGAUGGAAAUUUGGUUACUGGAGCAGCUUGGCCUGGGCAUCCAGAGUUCAUUUCUCAAUUAUUGGCUUUGCUCUGUAUUAAAGUUUCCUUCUAGUUGAUCCUUAUCUUGAUAUCAGCUCUGCAAGUCUAUAUACAUAUAUGGGGCAGAUGUUAUAAAAUCUAUGUGAAUAUGUAAUGUCAUUCUCGCAACUGGUUAUGUAACCAGUAGGGUCUAACACAGUCACAUGCCAAUAAGAUUGCAAAAAGGCACAAACUGGUUAUCCCCUUUGUCCCCUUUUCCCUCGUUGUUGUUUGUAAUAGGCUUGCUUCGUGUACCAAAGAGAUGAAUAAGGAUGUUUCUAGUUUUGUGCUAUAAAAGCUGCUUGGUGUGCUACUUUGGUUAUGGAUGAAUCUAUUAUGCCAUUGCUUGGUUGUUAGACUCCAAA